AUGGCAAUUGCAACGACGGAAGGAGGAGUUGCGAUGGGAAGUGGAACCAUUCCACCGAUUCGACCGGUAAUAGAAGUCGCAACUUAUGCCGGAGUUGACGUUUACGAAUGUUACUGUCGUGGCCAAGAAGCUAGGAUUGUUAUGCGGCGUUGUGCUGAUGAUUGGAUUAAUAUCACUCAGGUGUUCAAGAUCGCGUCAUUUUCCAAGACGCAACGGACCAAGAUCCUAGAGAAAGAAUCGAAUCGAAUCAAGCAUGAAAAGAUCCAAGGAGGGUAUGGACGGUUUCAAGGGACCUGGAUUUCAUUAGAAAAUGCACAUUAUUUGGUUCAGAAAUAUAGUGUUAAUGAUAUCGUGGUGUCAGCCAUUUUGAAUUUCGAAUUGGAUCCCAACGAUCCACCGCAAAGGCGGACGAAAAACUCUGUGAUCAAGCGACAAUCUCCGGGGACCAAGAUUCAUUCACCUUCGAGUUAUAAUAAGACCCCGAAAAAGACAAGCGAGUCUCUAAUGAAAAAGACGACUGCUGCUAAAAAAAAGAGCAAUGCCGUUCAACCAAGCCCUUUGCAGAAUUUAGUGUUUCAAACACCACAACAUCAGCAGCAAAUGGUCUCUUCGCAACAAAACAACUCUACCGUUGUAGCGCCCGAUCAAGAAACUCCAUUGCACGGGUCUAGUUACGAAACUACUCAAAAACCACUUCAAUUCUUUCCGUACCCGCAGCAACAACCUGCGUUUCUCACGUUUGACGCGUCCAAUCCGUCUCAGCCUUUGUCGCAAAGAUCUAACAAGAUUGCCAAGAAAUCGGGCAAACAUGCACAAGUUCGUCACACCUUCCACGCAAUGAAGCAGCAAUUCAGGGUUCAACAGCAACAACGGCAGCCGCAGCAAUCGCAACAGCCCCCCGUCAUGGUCAUUCAACCGUCAUCGCAUCGUACUUCUCAAUCAAAUGGGUCCAAUGGGUCGUCGUUCGAAUGUUUUUCGACCCAGGACAAUCCGACUCCGAUGUCAUCGCGUUCCAUUUCUCCAAGGAAUAAGUCACCAGACUCCGCAAAGGCCAAAGACGGUGAAGCCACUGAAGUGUCGCAUCAACAAAAUUACAAAGAAAUGUUAUUGCAAGUUCUCUCAUGCGAUUAUUCCGAAGUCGAUCAAAAAUCUAUAUUUCUCCCUGAAGAAUUGUUUCAUCCUCCGGCAGGUCUUGACGUCAAUUUCACAGUUGAUGACCAGGGCCAUACAACUCUCCACUGGGCAGCCGCUAUGGCAAAUGUACCCUUGAUCAAGCUUCUGUUGACUCUGCCUGUCAAUUUUUUGCAAUGCAACGAUCGCGGAUUCACUGCCAUCACCAAGGCUUGCUUCUAUAACAACUGUUACAAUGCUGGUGCCUUUCCUCAGGUUUUGGAAUUGUUGAAACCUUGUAUCAUCACUCCGGAUAUGAACGGCAGGUUACCGUUCCACUAUUUGGUAGAACUUAGUGUCAACAAAUCCAAAGAUCCUGUCAUUAUAAAUUAUUACAUGGACUGUAUCCUCGAUUUAUUGGGAAAAGAAGAUAUCUCACUCCUGAAAAUGUGCCUCAAUUACCAAGACAAUAUGGGCAACACGGCCCUUCACUUAGCUGCACUUAAUUUGAAUUUGGAAUUGUGCAACAAAUUAUGCUAUCUCGGUAGCUCUAUGGACAUUGUCAACUUAGACAACGAAAAUGCGGCUUCCAUCUUGGCUAAAUUCAGUUUGGUACCGCCAACAUCCCAACCUAUGGAUGGGAUACCGCAUGCCCAUGUAGGGACCGCUGCACCUACCCAGGAUCGGCAGUUAAAGCUAAGUACCCCUCUAAUGACCCGAAAGAAGAGCAACAGCUUUGUACAGGGGGACGAUUAUACCGUCAAUCUGACACAAGAACUAUCGUCUUUGUCGCAUUCCCAAAACUCUAUUCUUACGUCGACAGCGGUCAAAGAACCAAAAAGACAUGUUACAGAUCCGAACGCGGAGCAAUCUUGGACGGGCGAUACAGCGGUACAUGCUGUGACUGAUAAAGAGUUUGAGGGCUCUGUGUCGUUGGAUCCUACUGCAACUUUAAACUCUUCACAAUCCUUGGUGAAACAACUGUCCGGGCUGACUGCGACUCUGACCAAUUCGGUUGACGAGAAGAUCGGUGGUCUGGAGCUCGAGAUCGAUAAGACACGCGAAUGCAUAGACGGUAUCCGUCAAUCUCUUCAGCACAACAACGCACACGAAAAACAGAUACUGAACGACUUUUCGACAAGAGAAGAGUUGCAUGCGGAUGUCAACCGGAUUUCGCGUCAAGCUGAGAACCAAAUGGGGCAGCUGAACAACGCGAUCGAAAAGUCGCAAGCGCUCGCUCUGGCUACGCUGGUGCACGAAGAAGAAUCCAGGGUAAAUUCUGUGUGUGAUUCACCGGAGGCGUCCGUCGCUCAAUCACCUGUCAAAGUGAUAAAUGACGAGAUGCUAUGCAUGGGCUUGGAACUGACACUGAUGCAGUUAAGGAGGAAACACAUGGUUGAGCAGCUGUCGCGUUCCAAAUGUGAGGUCAAUUCCACAUCGAAAAUCAAGAAAUACCGGAAACUCAUAGGUAUGACGAUAGACGGAAUAGAUUCCAAGCUACAAGAUAUUGAGCAGGAUCUAAUGGCAACUGUUUAG